AUGAAACGCACCGUUACUUCGACAAGUAACAUCGACAAUACUGCUAACAAACAAAAAACAACAAAUCCAUCACAAACAUCUCAAACUCAAAACAAAGAAAAUACGACAAAGCGUAACACAGCCUCGACGUCGCAACCACCAUCCGCGAAACAAGUAAAUAGUAGUAGUAGUAGUAGUGCCACACAAAGGGACUCAUCAAAACAAGAAUCGAAACCGUCUCAACAGUCUGGUGAUAAAUCACAGAAAAAACAAUCAUUGAAACUCAACGAUCGAGAUGUGGUAUUAAUCGAUGGAGUCCGUACACCGUUUUUACAAAGUUUUACAUCAUACAAAAAUUUAAUGGGUUAUGAAUUAGCAAGUCAUGCAUUAUUAGGAUUAGUCAAACGAACAAAAAUUGAUAAAUCAUUACCAGAAUAUUGUAUAAUGGGUACAGUUAUUCAAGAAGUUAAAACAAGCAAUAUUGCACGCGAAGCGUUAUUGAGUAGUGGUUUUUCGGACAAAAUACCCGCACACACCGUAACUAUGGCCUGUAUAUCAUCGAAUGCAGCAAUUGCUACUGGAGUAGCUAAUAUUUCUUCUGGUCAAAAUGAUCUAGUAAUUGCUGGUGGUGUGGAUUUUAUGUCCGAUGUACCAAUACGAUAUCCACGUUCAAUGCGUAAGAUCAUGCUCAGUCUGAAUCGUGCAAAAUCAUUACCGCAACGACUUGGACUUAUGUCACAAAUGAUUUCAUUUAAAAACUUUACACCAGAGGCACCAUCUAUUGCUGAAUUUUCAACGGGUGAAAUAAUGGGACAAUCUGCUGAUCGUCUAGCAGCAGCAUUUGAUGUCUCGCGAAAAGAUCAGGACGAAUAUGCCUUUCGAUCACAUAAACUAGCACAAGAAGCAACAGAAAAAGGCUAUUUGGAUGAUGUUGUUCCAUAUCAUGUCGCCGGUGAAGCGGAUGUAAUCUCGAAAGACAAUGGAAUUCGUGUUUCAACAUUAGAAAAAAUGGGUUCAUUAAAACCAGCAUUUAUCAAGCCACAUGGAACAAUUACAGCUGCGAAUUCUUCAUUUGUGACCGAUGGUGCAUCGGCGUCACUCAUUUCGUCAGUUGAAAAAGCAAAAGAACUUGGUUUAAAACCAAAAGCAUAUUUAAGACGUUAUGUUUUUGUUUCACAAGAUCCGAAAGAUCAAUUGCUUCUUGGUCCAGCUUAUGCCACAGCUAAACUUCUUGAUCAAACUGGUCUGACACUUGAUGACAUUGAUGUGUUUGAAUUUCAUGAAGCAUUUGCUGGUCAAAUUCUUGCCAAUUUAAAUGCAUUAAAUUCAGAUUACUUUGCAAAAAAAUAUUUAAAUCGUUCAGGAAAGGUUGGCGCUAUUCCGAUGGAUAAAUUUAAUUUAUGGGGUGGUUCAUUAUCGAUUGGCCAUCCAUUUGGCGCUACAGGAGUUCGUUUAGUGACAACAACGGCCAAUCGUCUAAUACGGGAAGAUAAACGUCUAGGACUGGUGGCCGCCUGUGCCGCUGGUGGACUGGGACAUGCAAUGCUUGUUGAACGAUAUUAG